AUGUCGACGUCGUCCACGAACCUGCCGACCAAGAUGCGCGCGGCCAACAUCACCGAACAAGGCGACUUUGACGUGAUCCAAGUCCGCGAGCUGGACGUCCCCAAGCCUGCGCAGGGACAGGUUCUGUACAAAGUCGACUAUGGAGGCGUCAACAUGUGGGACACGUACGCGCGCUCGGGCGUCUACAAGCCUGGGAUCCCGUUCACGCUCGGAAACGAGAGCGCGGGAGAGGUUGUUGCGGUUGGAGAGGGCGUCGAGGGGUUCAAGGCCGGUGACAAGGUUGCUGCCUACACGACCGGCGGCGGUUUCGCAGACUACUGCAUUGCUCCCGCCGACAAGCUCGUCAAGCUUCCUGAGGGUACCUCGACUCGCGACGCCGCUACCGUCCUCCUGCAAGGCUUGACCGCCCUCACGUUCGUCAAGGAGGCGCACGAGGUCAAGCCGGGACAGUUCAUUCUCAUUCAUGCGGCGGCUGGCGGCCUCGGUCUCUUGCUCGUUCAGCUCUGCAAGCACCUCGGCGCAACCGUCAUCGGCACGACCUCGACGCAAGAGAAGGCCGACAUCGCCAAGAAGGCCGGCGCAGACCACGUCCUCCUCUACGGUGAGGGGCGUGACAUUGUCAGCGAGAUCUACAAGAUCACGGGCGGCGAGGGCAUCGACCGCGGCGUUCAUGCCGUCUUUGACGGCGUCGGAAAGGACACCUUCGACAUGGACUUUGACCUCGUCCGCAGGAAGGGCACCAUCAUCACACUCGGCAACGCCUCGGGCCCCGUCCCGCCUUUCGCGCCGCUCAAACUUGCGCCGAAGAACCUCAAGGUCUGUCGCCCCGUCCUCAACCAAUACGUCCACACGCGCGAAGAGUUCCAAACCUACUCGACCGAGCUCUUCAAGCUCGUCAAGGACGGUCACCUCAAGCUUGCGGUCCAUGCUGAGUACCCGUUCACUGCCGAUGGGGUCAAGCAGGCGCAGAAGGAUAUCACGAGCCGCAAGACGUCGGGCAAGCUCCUCAUCAAGGUUGCCUAG